CCCAUGGGUGGUGGUGCUCCUGUGGAUGACUGUCCCCAUGGAUGAUGGUGUCCCCAUGGAUGAUGGUGCUCCUGUAGAUGACUGUCCCCACGAGUGAUGGUGUCCCCAUGGGUGGUGGUGCUCCCCAUGCCCUGGUUCUCCCUGUGUCCAAUGAUGUCCCUUUGGGUGAUGGUGUUGCCCAUACCCUGGUGGCCAGUGGUGGCCCUAGAAGUGAUGAUGUCCCCACGAGUGACGAUGUCCCCACAAGUGAUGGUGUCUCCCCUACCCUGGUGUCCAGCGGUGUCCCCACGUCCAAAUGCUGUGGGGUUGAUGGCAUCCCAACGGCUGAUGGUGUCCCCAGGGGGGUGGUGGUGGUGUCCCCAUGAGCGAUGAUGUUCCCCGUGUCCUGGUGUCCCCAUGUCUGAUGGUGUCCCCACGUCCCAGGAUGCCGUUCGGGGCGGUGCUGGAGCAGGUCGGGGGGCUGGGACGCUUCCAGGUCCUGCAGACGGCGCUGCUGGCGGUGCCCAUCCUGCUCAUGGCCAGUCACAACCUGCUGCAGAACUUCACCGCUGCCGUCCCACCCCACCGCUGCCACGUCCCCAGUGUCACCCCGGGUCCCGGUACCACCCCAGGUGUCCCCAGCGCCACCCCAGGGCCACCCGGAACCACCCCUGAUGGCACCUCGGCUGCCUCUGAUGGCACCUCAGUGGCCUCUGAUGGCACCUCGAGGUCCUCCAGCGCCAUCCUGAGGUCUCCUGAUGGCACCUUGGGGUCCCCUGGUGCCACCCUGAGGUCCCCUGAUGGCAACCUGGGGUCUCCUGGUGGCACCUACAUCCCUGGUGCCACCCACGUCACACUUGAUGGACUACCAGGGCCCCCUGAUGGCACCCAUAUCCAGCCUGAUGCCACCUUGGGGUCCUCCAAUGGGACUCUGGGGCCACCUGAUGCCACCCUGGGGUGGUCCAAUGGCACCCUGGGGCCUCCCGAUGCCACCCUGGGGUCCUGCCGGCGCUACGUGGCCUCAUCCCUCGCCAACAGCAGCACUGGCCCCUGGCCCACCGAGCCCUGCCACGAUGGCUGGGACUACGACCGCAGCAUCUACGUGGCCACCAUCGUCACCGAGUGGGACCUCGUCUGCAGCUACCGGCAGCUCCGGCAGAUGGCCCAGUCCAUCUACAUGGCCGGGGUCCUGGUGGGUGCCCUGGUCCUGGGGGGCCUCUCAGACAGGUUUGGGCGCAAGGCCAUGUUGAUGUGGUCCUACCUGCAGCUGGGGGUGAUGGGGACCUGCACGGCCUUCGCCCCCAACUACGCGUCCUACUGCGUCUUCCGCUUCGCCGGUGGCAUGGCCCUCUCCGGCUUCGGCCUCAGCAUCGCCUGCCUGGUGGUGGAGUGGAUCCCCACGCCCUAUCGUGCCAUCACGGUGGCCAUCACGGGCUUCGCCUACACCCUGGGCCAGAUCCUCCUGGCCGGCGUGGCCUACGCUGUCCCCCACUGGCGCUGGCUCCAACUCACCGUCUCUCUGCCCUUCUUCGUCUUCCUCCUCUACUCCUGGUGGUUGGCUGAAUCCGCCCGUUGGUUGGUGCUCUCCGGGAGGGCCGAGAGGGCCGUGAAGGUCCUACAGCGAGUGGCCAGGAUUAACAAGAGGAAGGAGGAAGGGGAGAAGAUCACAGUUGAGAUCCUAAAGUCCAACAUGAAGGAGGAGUUGGCUGGUUUGAAGGCCUCCUACACCAUCUCCGACCUGGUCCGGACCCCAGUCAUCCGCCACAUCUUCUUCUGCCUCUCCAUUGUCUGGUUCUCCAUCAGCUUCUCCUACUAUGGGCUGGCCAUGGAUUUGCAAAACUUUGGUGUCAGCAUUUACCUCAUCCAGGUGAUUUUCGGUGCCGUUGACUUCCCGGCCAAAGUGGUGGUGACCAUCUCCGUGAGCUACAUUGGCCGGCGGGUGUCACUCAUGGUGGCCCUCUUCUUGGCGGGGCUGGUCAUCAUUGCCAACAUCUUUGUCUCCGCAGGUGGGUGCGAUGGAGCGAUGGGGGUCUUCUGCACUGCUCUGUCCAGCCACCCAUGUCCUCACCAGUCCAUCACACAACUCUGCUUUGGUCUUCACCCAUCCCUCCCUUCUCCAUUUCACCUACCUCACCAUCCAUGCUCUCAUCUCUCCAUCCAUCCAGCCCAUCAACCAACCCCUCACUCACCCACAUGGUGUCCCCAGGGGGGUGGUGGUGGUGUCCCCAUGAGCGAUGAUGUUCCCCGUGUCCUGGUGUCCCCAUGUCUGAUGGUGUCCCCACGUCCCAGGAUGCCGUUCGGGGCGGUGCUGGAGCAGGUCGGGGGGCUGGGACGCUUCCAGGUCCUGCAGACGGCGCUGCUGGCGGUGCCCAUCCUGCUCAUGGCCAGUCACAACCUGCUGCAGAACUUCACCGCUGCCGUCCCACCCCACCGCUGCCACGUCCCCAGUGUCACCCCGGGUCCCGGUACCACCCCAGGUGUCCCCAGCGCCACCCCAGGGCCACCCGGAACCACCCCUGAUGGCACCUCGGCUGCCUCUGAUGGCACCUCAGUGGCCUCUGAUGGCACCUCGAGGUCCUCCAGCGCCAUCCUGAGGUCUCCUGAUGGCACCUUGGGGUCCCCUGGUGCCACCCUGAGGUCCCCUGAUGGCAACCUGGGGUCUCCUGGUGGCACCUACAUCCCUGGUGCCACCCACGUCACACUUGAUGGACUACCAGGGCCCCCUGAUGGCACCCAUAUCCAGCCUGAUGCCACCUUGGGGUCCUCCAAUGGGACUCUGGGGCCACCUGAUGCCACCCUGGGGUGGUCCAAUGGCACCCUGGGGCCUCCCGAUGCCACCCUGGGGUCCUGCCGGCGCUACGUGGCCUCAUCCCUCGCCAACAGCAGCACUGGCCCCUGGCCCACCGAGCCCUGCCACGAUGGCUGGGACUACGACCGCAGCAUCUACGUGGCCACCAUCGUCACCGAGUGGGACCUCGUCUGCAGCUACCGGCAGCUCCGGCAGAUGGCCCAGUCCAUCUACAUGGCCGGGGUCCUGGUGGGUGCCCUGGUCCUGGGGGGCCUCUCAGACAGGUUUGGGCGCAAGGCCAUGUUGAUGUGGUCCUACCUGCAGCUGGGGGUGAUGGGGACCUGCACGGCCUUCGCCCCCAACUACGCGUCCUACUGCGUCUUCCGCUUCGCCGGUGGCAUGGCCCUCUCCGGCUUCGGCCUCAGCAUCGCCUGCCUGGUGGUGGAGUGGAUCCCCACGCCCUAUCGUGCCAUCACGGUGGCCAUCACGGGCUUCGCCUACACCCUGGGCCAGAUCCUCCUGGCCGGCGUGGCCUACGCUGUCCCCCACUGGCGCUGGCUCCAACUCACCGUCUCUCUGCCCUUCUUCGUCUUCCUCCUCUACUCCUGGUGGUUGGCUGAAUCCGCCCGUUGGUUGGUGCUCUCCGGGAGGGCCGAGAGGGCCGUGAAGGUCCUACAGCGAGUGGCCAGGAUUAACAAGAGGAAGGAGGAAGGGGAGAAGAUCACAGUUGAGAUCCUAAAGUCCAACAUGAAGGAGGAGUUGGCUGGUUUGAAGGCCUCCUACACCAUCUCCGACCUGGUCCGGACCCCAGUCAUCCGCCACAUCUUCUUCUGCCUCUCCAUUGUCUGGUUCUCCAUCAGCUUCUCCUACUAUGGGCUGGCCAUGGAUUUGCAAAACUUUGGUGUCAGCAUUUACCUCAUCCAGGUGAUUUUCGGUGCCGUUGACUUCCCGGCCAAAGUGGUGGUGACCAUCUCCGUGAGCUACAUUGGCCGGCGGGUGUCACUCAUGGUGGCCCUCUUCUUGGCGGGGCUGGUCAUCAUUGCCAACAUCUUUGUCUCCGCAGGUGGGUGCGAUGGAGCGAUGGGGGUCUUCUGCACUGCUCUGUCCAGCCACCCAUGUCCUCACCAGUCCAUCACACAACUCUGCUUUGGUCUUCACCCAUCCCUCCCUUCUCCAUUUCACCUACCUCACCAUCCAUGCUCUCAUCUCUCCAUCCAUCCAGCCCAUCAACCAACCCCUCACUCACCCACAGUAUGGUUGAGGUCAGAAGGGACCUCUGGAGGUCACCUGGCCCAACCCUCCUGCUUAAGCAGGGCCACUUAGAGCUGCUCACCCAAGACUCUGUCCAGAUGGUUUUUGGAAAUCACCAAGGAUGGUGACUCACCAUCUCAGAAUCCACCCAUCCAGCCACGUCUC